AUGAGCUUGUUUAUUUUAGAUGAUAUGAUUCUAGAUGAAUCAGGUGAAUCGAAUGAAAGUAAACGUGUGAAAAUUACUACGGCUUGUGAUACAUGCCGCAGGCGAAAAGUUAAAUGCGACGGAGCUUCACCCUGUGCAAAUUGUCAAAGAGGAGGAUACCAAUGUACGUUCUCUGAUGCAUCCAACAAACGUCCAAGAGGUCCACCAAAAGGUUUUGUUGCAUUGAUAGAAGAUAGAUUACACACGAUUGAAUCACUUUUAGUAAAUCUUGUCAAUAAAGAUACAUCUGAUAAUCAUAAUAGAGGGAUAAAAAAAGAACAUGAUCAACAACCAUCGACUAUGACUCCCACUUCUUCUUCUUCAUUUGAAGACAUUUCCUCCCCGAUGAUCGGUCAACGACAAAAAUUCUCUACUUUUAAAAUACGUCAUUAUUCUCCAUCUACUACAACAAAAGCAUCAGAUCAAUCUUUAACUUUAAAUGAAGAUUAUUUAGAUAGUGAUGAUGAUGGACUAUUACAUCAACUUUCUCCGCUACUUCUUAAUGCUAUUUAUGCUAUUGGUGCCACGUUUCCUCUUCCACACAUUGAUCCAUACAAUAAACUAAUAUUUUAUGAUCAGGCAAAAAAUUUAUUGGAUCAUUUUUUAGAUGUGCCAAGAUUGUCAACAAUCCAAUCAUUGAUACUUUUAUUCAUGAUAGAUCAAGGAAAUUCAUCAACAUCUUAUAGGUUUCAAACAUAUUCAUCAUUAGCUGUUAGGAUGGCUCAAACUAUCGGAUUAAACAGGAAAAAUAGUCCAAUUUAUCAAUUGGGAAAAAAUUGUCAUUCAAUAAAAUUGAUUUGGUGGGGUUGCUAUAUUGUUGAUAGAUUAAAUGGUCUCACAACUGGUGACCCUUUAUCAAUUAAUGACAAAAUUUGUGAUAUAGAAUUACCUUUAUUAGAUGAAUCAGAUGGCAAAUGA